AUGACAUCGAAGGCACAUCUUACGUCUUCCAACCUCGAUUUUUUUAUAGACAUAGAUGAGUGCGCUGUUAGUCGUGAUUCACCGUGCGACAAAAACGCAGAGUGCAACAACACUGUUGGCUCUUAUAAAUGCACUUGCAAGCCUGGAUACACUGGAGACGGAAAAACAUGUCAAGACAUAGAUGAGUGCGCCAUUAGUGGUGAUUCGCCAUGCGACAAAAACGCAGAGUGCAACAACACUGUUGGCUCUUAUACGUGCACUUGCAAUCCUGGAUACACUGGAGACGGGAAAACUUGUGAUGAUGUCAACGAGUGCACCACCAACCCUGAUAUCUGCAACGGAGAAUGUACCAAUUACAAUGGAUCCUACACGUGCAAGUGCCGUGAUAAAUCUAAUACAAUGUCACAAGCUCCUCACUGUAUACAAGCUACUACCUGCCUAGCCACAAAGCGUGCGAUGCCAAAUGCGAUAGACGGCCUUUAUUGGAUAAAACCGCCAAACAACAGCGACGCACUGCAGGCGUACUGUGAUAUGACGUCAUAUGGAGGAGGCUGGACGAUGUGUUAUACUGUUGACAAUAAGGCUGAGCCAAAGACGAAAACUCAGUACGAUGAAAAAAAACCAUACCCGCAAAAGGGUUACGGGACAGACUGCAACAAUAUUCCAUUCAAAGACGUGAUUUAUAUAUUGGAGAGAACAAAGGAGAGUGUUUACUUCACAAGUGACAAUAAAAAUCUGCCUCUCACGCUAGCCACCAGCUACGAUAUACCAAUCUAUGGAACCUGGUACCCAGCCGGGCAGACCCUGAAUGGCAACCGCACUGUCAGUACUAAGUACGACUUUCAGAUGAUGAUAUGCGACCAGCAAGACAAGCAUCCGUUUGAGGGAGUGAUGGUCAGCGGUAUAGUUAACAAUUGCUAUAAGUAUUGUGACAACCGUAAUCAUUGGUGCAGCGAUAAAAUGUCUGUCUAUUUUCGCACUGGAGGGGAGGGGGGAGAAUACGACGGUGUUGCGUUUAAUACAAAUGGUUAUAUAGGAAGAGAAUUGCCCAAAGACAUUAUAAGCGUCGGACUACGAUAAAAUAUAUUUUCUUUUUCUGGGGCCCCCUUCUUAGGCAAUAGCGGGCAAUAUCAGGAUAAACGAUUUCAUUUAUGUAUGCCAAGAGAAAGACGAAAAUGCGAUUUCAAAAUAACUUCAUCCAUUAAAAGCGAAAUGCCUGAGUUUUUUUCUAAUCCAAGCGUUUUAUUCUCAAACUAAUGUACCAUUUCCUUAAUAAUACUGUAUAUAAUGUUCUCUUCAUUUUAGAAUUGUUUUGUUAACACCGGAAAAUAGACCAUGGCAUGUUUUUAUGUUGGCAAAUCGAAAACUUUUCGACUAGAAAAAUUGCAGUUAUCAACAGAAUCGAAUAUUGGUGUUAAUACAGUACCAAGCUCUUUGAAUUCGACAAAUGGUUUGUUUACAUUAAAUAGCCUAUAUCAAUACAUACCAACUUUUUUAGGAGAAUUGAUACACUUUCCCAACAAGUAAAUUCCAAACAUAGCAAAAUAUGAAUCGAACACUGCUGUUAAACUGUGUGAAGCUUAUCAUACACUCUUGUGUCGUUGGAUAUACUGAUAUAUCCUGAUAUUCUCAUUACUCUCAGAAUACAGGGAUUUCCAUUUAUAAAGCAACCAUGAUGCAUCGCGCGCUACGAUAAAUUGAUUCCACAUAGUGCAACCUUAUUUAAAAUACGUGUGUACAUAGCACGUGUGUACAUAGCACGUGUGUACAUAGCACGUGUGUACAUAAAACAUGUGUAUGAAGUCCAUUCAGCCAGGGCCGUAGCAGGGGGUGGGGCACUGGGGGCACGUGCCCCCCAAAUAUUGUCAACAUUUUAAUGACCACGGAAGGGGUGUGACUAUACCCCCAAUGCUUUCUUAAUUUUCUUGUAUCGUGCCCUCUCCCCCAACUUUUCGAGGGCUGCCAAAGCUCUGUAAGCUGAUAUUAUAAGGAAAAAAUCCAGCACGUUCAGAGCAAAUGUAUAGUAAUAAUACCAAUAGUAUAUGUAUAUAUAUAUAGUCGAAACUUUGUAUAAACAUAUAACCGCAAAAAUAUUUAUAUCGUUAUAUCGAAAAAUAUUUCUAUUGAAACUCUCGGUUUAACGAUAUUCUUGGUAAUGUGCAAGACAAGGUGUUUAUAUAGUUAUGAGUAUUAACACUUGGUGCAUUUUAUUGUUAUACCUAGAAAAUCGUUAUUUACCGAACAUAGCUAUAUGGAUUUGUCUUCAUGUAAAUUUUUAUUGCCAGCGCUAAAUAAAUUUUAACAAGGCCAGCCAUAGCGGGGGAAGGGGCGACUGUACCAAGUAAAAUAGGGAACACCAAAAACUGGUAUUCGACUCCGCCAAUUUUCGUCUUUAAUAAGACUUCUUGUGGCGCGAGACACUAAAACAUUACAACCUGUAAAAAGAUUGUAACGAUUCACCAGUCUGAAGACGAAAAAUUGUCAGAGUCGAAUACCAGUUUUUGGUGUAUUGUAUUUAUUCUUCUGGUUUACGAUCACGACUAUUUAGGGCUUUUGCGUCGAUUCCCAGUAGAAUAGGAGUAUUACUAAGGCUGUGUUUACAUUUGGUAUUUUGUAAUAGGAGUAUUACUAAGGCUGUGUUUACAUUUGGUAUUUUGUAAUAGGAGUAUUACUAAGGCUUUGUUUACAUUUGGUAUUUUGUAAUAGGAGUAUUUCUAAGGCUGUGUUUACAUUUGGUAUUUUGUAAUAGGACUAUUACUAAGGCUGUGUUUACAUUUGGUAUUUUGUAAUAGGAGUAUUACUAAGGCUGUGUUUACAUUUGGUAUUUUGUAAUAGUAGUAUUACUAAGGCUGUGUUUACAUUUGGUAUUUUGUAACAGGAGUAUUACUAAGGCUGUGUUUACAUUUGGUAUUUUGUAAUAGUAGUAUUACUAAGGCUGUGUUUACAUUUGGUAUUUUGUAACAGGAGUAUUACUAAGGCUGUGUUUUGGUAUUUUGUAAUGUGCGCCAACUGCGAUAAAAAGACGAGUGCCCUCGUAAA